UGAACUCGCUGCCGCCGCUUCCACUGCCAUCCUUGAGGCCUCGUCAGCUGCCGGGAGAUCUGCACUGGCCAGGGAAGGGGCUGUUAACAUCAGCUGGUACCCUGUCCGAUGGUUGGGCGAGGUGGUGCAAAAUACCGGCAUCCCGUGGUCACCAUCCUGACCCUUGCUUUCUACAUUGAAGCAGUCCUGGGGCAAAACCUGUGUCCUAAAUCGAUGGAAAACUACGUGGCGUCAAUGGUGCUGAGUGCACUGGGGGACACGCUGGGCUACUACAAUGCAAAAUGGGAGUUCCUGACAAGCGGCCCGGCCAUCCACAAGGAGCUGGCAGCCAUGGGGGGACUUGGCAAUUUCAGCAUCAAAGGCUGGAGGGUCAGCGAUGACACAGUGAUGCACCUGGCCACGGCCGAAGCCCUGGUAGCUGCUGGGAAGAAUCCAGAUUUAACGCAUCUCUAUUCCCUGAUUGCAAAGAACUACAAGGAGUGCAUGAAUGACAUGGACAACAGAGCUCCAGGUGGAACAUGUAUGGACAAUGCACUGAAACUGGACCCGGCAAGACCGGAGACCUGGAAGGCUCCCUUCAGCCCCAGCGGGGGUGGCUGCGGUGCUGCCAUGCGCUCCAUGUGCAUCGGGCUGCGUUUCCACCGUGCUGCUGAGCUGGACACGCUGGUGAAAGUCAGUAUUGAGAGCGGCCGGAUGACUCACCACAACCCCACCGGCUACCUGGGCUCCCUGGCCUCUGCUCUCUUCACUGCACUUGCAGUGAAUGGCGUGCCGCCCCUGGCCUGGGGGAAGCGGCUGCUGGAUGUGCUGCCGAGUGCCAAGGCCUACGUGAGCAGCGCUGGUUCCUCCGUGGAGGAGAACAUGAAGCACUGGUCUUACUUUGAAAAGCAAUGGAAAGCGUACCUGGAAGAGAGAGGCAUCUUGGAUGGGGUCUCGCCACCCACCUUCCCCUCCAAGUAUGGUGUGGAAGAGAGGGACUCUUUUUACACCUCCCUCAGCUACAGUGGCUGGGGGGGCAGCAGUGGGCACGAUGCCCCCAUGAUUGCCUACGAUGCACUGCUGGGUGCAGGGGACUCCUGGACAGAGCUGGCUCACCGUGCUUUCUUCCACGGGGGAGACAGUGACUCCACCGCUGCCAUUGCAGCUUGCUGGUGGGGGGCCAUGCAUGGCUUCCGUGGCAUUGCCUCCUCCCUCUACACUGACCUGGAGUACAGGGAGCGCCUGGAGCAGGUGGCCAAGGAGUUGUACCGUAUUUCCCAGGCUUAAUGUACUUGAGGGUAGGCCACGAUGAGGCUUGCAUUUUCUGUCAGUGUGCUCGCUUCAGCACGGAGACCAUUUGAGGGCUUGGUGGUGGUUUGAUGGGAGCAUACAGCAGUGUACCCAACCUGCAAGCAGCUGAGCUGAGAAUUUCCUCCUCCUUUGCACAGUGGUUGAGUCUUAAGUAGAGGAGGAGCACCCACUGCAGCGCUGCCAGCAAUGCUCCAGCAGCUGGACAGGCAGCAAAAUGCAAACAAGCUGCCCCAAAACAAGGUCCUCCCACUCUAAGCAUGCCGGAGAGGAUCAGGGAUUCUCAUGCCUGACUACAGGACUGGCAGAGCUGCUUUGCAGUAAACCAGCAAUGGCUAAUACAAGCUCAUUACCUUGUACUGUACUGUCAGUGAGAACUGUCACCAGCUCUAAAAGCUCUCCUCCUCUGCACAGUGAAUACAACAGAAAUUGCCUCAGCCUGCUAGGAGAGCAAGCAAACAGCCAGUUGCCUCAGGAACAAGAAAGCUUUCUUACAUGAUUAUUUUAGCAGAUUGCUUUUUUUUUUGUUCUGUUUUGUAUGAGCAUAGAAAGAAACAGAAACUCUGCCGUUGCAUCUCAAGUGCAUUGUGCAGCUUCAUGGCACUUCUGCUAUAUCUGUAGGAAUGUAUCACACUCAGUUUGGUUAACAGAGGACGUAAGCCCUGCUGACCACACCUGUAUUGAAGAUAAGGGUGGGUAUAAGGAGAACAUUAGGAAGUUGCAUUUUACAUCAACUUCAGCAGCUUCUGUACUCAAUUAUACUUACCUGCUUACAGCGAUGGUUAUUGGUGUUAAUGGUUAUUUGCUUACCACUUAUCAUGUAUUAUUCCAUUAAAAAAUGUUUCUUCAAAUCCA